AUGCAAGUUCGUGCCAACAAGGUCCUGAUCGUGGUUGGGGAGACAGGAUCGGGGAAGACCACUCAGAUUCCACAGUUCCUGCUGCAAAGCGGCCUCGCUGACAUCAGCGGCGGCGGCGGCGGCAAGGGCGGCUGGCGCGGCGGCAGGGACGGUGGCGGCGGCGGGAUGAUCGCGUGCACGCAGCCGCGGCGCGUGGCGGCAGUAACAGUAGCGCGGCGGGUUGCGGAGGAGAUGGGGGUGCAGCUGGGGCAGAAGGUCGGCUACUCCAUUCGCUUCGACGACUGCACUUCUCCCUCCACGCGAAUCAAGUACAUGACAGAUGGCAUGCUGCUGAGGGAGUGCCUGCUGGACCCCCUGCUCAACAAAUACAAGGUCGUCAUCGUGGACGAGGCUCACGAGAGGACCGUGUCAACCGACGUACUGCUGGGCCUGCUCAAGGGGGUGGCCGCGCGGCGAGGGGACGACUUCCGGCUGUUGGUAAUGAGCGCCACACUCGACGCAGAGGCGUUCAGCAAGUACUUUGGCGGCGCGCGGGCGGUGUGGGUCCAGGGGCGGCAGCACCCGGUGGCCGUCAUGUGCACGACUCAUCCGGAGGACAAUUACCUCGACGCAGCUUUGAACGCGGUGCUGCAGGUGCACUGUGAGGAGGGGCCCGGCGACAUCCUCGUGUUCUUGACGGGCCAGGAGGAGAUCGAGGGCCUGGAGCGGCUGCUGAUGGACCGCGCCGCGGCGCUGCCGGAUGGUGCCGCGGGGCGCGGGGGCGGCCCCGAAGAGCUCUUGGUGCUGCCCAUCUACGCCGCCCUGCCGCCGGAGCAGCAGAUGCGGGUGUUUGACCCGGCGCCCGCUGGCAGCCGCAAGGCAAUCCUGGCGACCAACAUUGCGGAGACGUCCAUCACUAUUCCAGGGGUGCGCUAUGUGGUGGAUACUGGGUUUGUCAAGGCCCGGGGGUACCACGCAAAGCUGGGGGCGGACUCGCUUCAGGUCGUGCCGGUCUCCCAGGCGCAGGCGCGGCAGCGGAGCGGCCGCGCGGGCCGCGAGGGGCCCGGCAAGGCGUACCGCCUGUACACCCUGGAGUCCUUCAAGGCCCUCGCGCCCACCACGCCGCCGGAGAUACUGCGCAGCAACCUCGCGAGCACGGUGCUGCAGCUCAAGGCCCUGGGCGUGGAGGAUGUGGUGGGCUUUGAUUUCAUGGACAAGCCGCCCAGGGCGGCGGUGGUCAGGCGAGCGCUCAGCGACGUGUGCGGUGCUUUCUGCAACGGCGGCUCAGGCGCAGUGAUCACGGUGCCGUUUGCUCCGGCCCGACCGCCUUUACCUGUGUAG